GGUUCUCCCGGUCUUAUCACUGACUAGAAAUUUGUUGCCAAGCAUUGCAUCAUUCCUUUCAUGUGACUCCCAAACGCCCCAAAUUCGUCCUGGCCGUCUUAUGACUGCAUCACAUCUUCAGGUCACAUAAACUACGACGGAGACAACUAGCAUUAGCAUUUUAAGGCCCGCCUUUACCGUAGAAGAUAAUUACGCAUUGGAUGUCACCAAGCAAAAUAUUUUAGCGCGUAGAUUAUGAUUGGACCAUCUGGAUGUCAGUAAUUUCAUCGUCAGCUAAUGGUAUGUUAGGUUGUGUAAAAAACAAUAUCUCCACAGUAAGUUCGGUUGGCUCACCUUAUAUAAACACCACCGGGAGUUUCCAAAAAUCACAUUCACUAUACUAAGCCGAACAAUGGUUAACAUGAGCUAUCACCAAUCUCAACUAAAAUAUAUACAUACUCCGAACCCAAGACAGUCAAGAAAGCGAAAUAAUAAAAGAAAACGGACUUGUUGGGACAAAUUAUCGCCAACAACCAAUUGCCAGACUUGAUUAUAAGAGACUUUCAAAAGUCCAGGUCCAGUGUGUACCAGCGUGUGGCUGUGAAAGACUAUCUGUGCGACUGAGUGACAGAGAUGACUACCGAGUGGCUUCACCUGCCCCCUCCGUACCCCCCUGGUGUGGGGCCGCUGUGUGGUGCAGAGUUGGAGGCGUGGUAUGAGGACCUGCAGGAUAUACUGGGAUCAGACACGGGUGGGGCAAAGCUGACUCGCGCCCCUCCCUGCUCAGAGAAAGAGACAGAGUUCCUGGAUGUCCUGGAGAGCUGUUCCCUGACAUGGCUGACGGACGGGGUGGGGGUGGGGGUUGGAGGGCAGGCGUGGGGCGGAGGAGAGGGUGUCCAGAGGGUCACAAUUCCGGAGGAGCCUCCUACCCAUCCGCCCCACUCCUCCACCGCCUUGUGUCUGAAUCCAGCUGUGGAGAGGACGGAGAGGCCUGGGGACAGAGAGGGAGGGAGAGAUGGAGAGGGAGGUUCGGGAGGAGGGGACCUGUUACCCCCAGAGUUCUUUGAGCUGCUGAGUGAGGGAGGGUUGGGCAUGGUGGACGGUAGCUACCAUCAUCAUCACUCCAACAACGUCCAACAGCCUGCGUCUCAGCCUGCGUCUCCCUCCACUAGCGAGGAGGAUGAACACCCAUGUGUCCCCGACUCACCCUCCUGCUCCUCCUCCGCCGCCUCUCCUUCCCCCUCUCUCAACUGCUCUCCUCCUUCCUCUCCUGUCUCCUCUCUUACUAGCAACGCUUUCUCAUUGUCUCGGCUGGGCAAACGCAAGAGAGGCAACUCUCUGUCCUUCCCUUCCGCCAGUUCGCGCUCAUCCUCCUCUUCCUCUUCUGCGAAGAAGAGCAGGAGAGAGAGGGAGCAGGAGAACGAGAGGAAGGUCCAGGAGCUGACGGAUCAGAACGAGAGGUUAAAAGCGGAGAUAGACAGACUGGGAGAGGAGGUACAGAGGACACGCAGAGCCCUGAUAGAGAGACUAGUUAACACCAAAAAGUGAAGGAAGAAAAGCAAAGAGGAGAGAGGGAUGAGAGGUAGCGGGAUGACAGAAGUAACACAAGGCAGAACGUAAACAUUUGGAAUAGCAGGUUGGCGGUGAAGGGUGAACAUUGGGGUGACCAUGAAAUGCAUUUCUAGAUGAGAGUUAGAAAGAAACCAAAAGACACGUACGUGUUUCGAGAAGAAAGUUAAAUGAUAAUUUUCUUCAAAACUAUGAGAGAGAGAGAAAGAAGUAAAGUUAGACAGAAAGAUGAAAGAGCAAGUCAAAGGAAAACCAUGAAGAGAAGGAACUGCAGCAUUGCGGCAAACGUAGAGAGAGGGAGAUAGACAGCAUGUAAAGGAAAUGGAGGAAACGGUUUAAAUGGCAGGUGGAUCAUGCAAUGCCUCUGAGACGUUACAGUGUACUGUAUGUAUGUAGGGCUGGAUUUUAGGAAGCACAUUUGAACUAGAUGGGUUGCAAUUAGCGCCCAUCACAAGCAUUGUACGAUUGUGUAGCUCCUUCAGUCUACUGAAGUGCUCAGUUUGAAGUACUGUAGGGAUUAGUUAAGAGUCAAAUUAAUUGAUGGAGGGCAUCGAUUCCAAAAUGAAGAAUUUGAUCGGAAGCAUCUAUGAAGGUCGUUAACAGUUAACGCCCAUCGCAAGCAUUGCAUGGGACUUGUUCAUUAGGAAUCAAAUGGAAAGAGAAGGUGGGUCUACCUGGACUCCUCCAAUAAGAAACGCUGAUAGAGGUUUUCUGUUGCAAAACGCUUAAACUUUUUUUUGCCGCGAUGAGCUCGAUCCUGAUUAUGGCGUUUUUCCACUUAUCCAACCUAGUGAAGUGUUCAGUAUGAAGUAGGGAUGAUGAGUUGGAUUCAAUUGAGUGAUUUGAGGGCACCAGCGUAGUUUCCAAAAUGAAGGAAUUGGUUGGACGCAUCCAUCUAUGGAAGUUGUUAACCAACUCCCAUCAGAAGCAUUCCAUGGGUCGUGUUCAUUAGGCACCAAACGGAAGACCAACUUGGGUUUGUUCAUCAACAAACACUCAAAUGACAUUUUCCGUCGCAUGCCAUAAUGAAUGAGACUGAUUGGGCGUGGUUUAGAUCAUUCAGCCUAGUGAAGGGAUUUGUAUGAACUAGGGAUGAGUUUGAUUAUUGGAUUAAUUGAUCAAGGGCGUUGGCAGUGACUCCAACAUUAUGGAAUUGACUAAUCACAUAAAGGUGAUAUUUACAUUUACAUUACAUUUAAGUCCUUUAGCAGACGCUCUUAUCCAGAGCGACUUACGACUUACAUUUACCGUUGCUAGGAGUUUUAUUGACUAAUCUGCCCUCGCAACCAUCAAUGAAUUGAUUCUGAAAAACAUAGUUGGGCUCAUCCUUAGUAUGACGGUAGACUGUGGACCGGAAACGCAGAGAGUGCAUUUCAUUGUCACCCUAUCCUUGAUCUAGCCUGGUUAUAUCAGACUGAAUGCUGUGCGUACCAUUGUUCCCCAAUCAAACAACAAUGAAACAUAGCUAAAUCAGUUUGGAUCCCAGGCUAUCCCUUAUCUGCCAACCUCGAAAAUCUAAGAUUAAUCCUAAAGGCUGAACGGAGGCCAGCAGAGAUAAUAUUUCUUGCAUAGUUUAUGUGGAGAUAUGGAGCUCAGGAAAGUUUGUCAGUACUCAGUGCAGUGUGAGUAUGUGAGAAUGAUGAUUGGUAGUUUUUCAAUUUCUACUUUUGUAUAACCCGCUGCAGCUUUAGUGUGUGUGGAUAGUUCUACACCUAGGACCCAUUUAUUCUUCUUUCUACGCUGACCUUUUUCUAUCAAAUUGACUGAAUUGAGGUAGUAAUAUUUACAAUGUAGAGCUACCCUGAUUCACCUAUAUAUUUGAUAUAACCAUGUAUUAUACCUAGUUAUACUGUAAUAUAUACACUUUACUGGUACCCAUAUUAAUUUGUGAUUUUAUUAUAAAAAAAAUAUGUAUUGAUUAGUGGUUGAAUUAGAGGUAUUUUAUUUCUGUUACAUGAAACAUUAUAUUGUAUCUACUUUAUUAUAUGCUCACAUUUUCUAAUAAAUCCUUAAAACAA